AUGUCAGAUAAGCCGACGCGGUCUCGGCGGCCCUUGUCAGCCGCUCAGAUCUCUGCGCGUGCGUCAGGUGCAUCCCGCCCGCAAGCGCAGCGGAGCGUAAGCAGCGGGGGUACAGCGCGGGCGCAGGCGACCACUCCUGUGUACAGGCCGCUGCGCUACGUGGGCCGCGGCAGUUUUGGUGUCGUGGUUCUCGCCGAGGAGCUGCAUACAGGUGAAAAAGUUGCUAUCAAGCGUGUUCACUAUGAUGCCCGCCUGCACAACCGGGAGGUGGCGAUCUUGAACUCCGUCCUGGUCGACGACCCGCGGCACCAGCAGACGUCGAGCACGGUUGGCGGAAGCACGGGCGUGUCGCGACUCUCUGGUGGCACGAUAGGGGCCUCGCUCAGUCCCUCUCUGUCGGCAUCAUCAUCCUCGCACACUGUGGAGGACGUGCACCUCUGGGCUGGCAGACACCAUCCCAACAUCGUCGAGCUGCUCGACUUCUACGUCACCUACGACACCUCGUCGGAGCAAGCGCUAGGGUUGGAUAUGGUUGGUGCCGGAGGUACCGGUGCGGGGUUUGAGUUUCUGUCUUCGCAUCACCCAACAGAGCAUCGCUACCCGUUGAGCGGUGGCCGUGGCCCCACCUCCCCCGGUGUCCUGUCCGCCUCCGCGCCUCUCUCGGCAUUUGCCUAUCUCGAGAUGGUGAUGGGCUACUUACCAAUGGACCUGUGUUAUAUGAAGAAGCACUUUUUUCGCUUCCACGAAAUACCAAGUAGGAUCGCAUCCAGCUCAGCAUCUCCUCUCGUUUCCCCGGUGCAGGCACCGACAGAUCUGUCCUCCGGCGAGCUACCAGAAUGCAUGGCAGGCCGCCCCCCGACGUCACCCAAACACCCUGGCACUGAUUGCAAACGUAGCAGCAGCUGUUGCCACAGCAGCACCGGCACCAGCGGUGGCGAUUUUCACAACCACCUUCCCUUGAAUUGGGUGAAGGUGGUGCUAUUCCAGCUUGCCCGGGCGUUAGCGUUUAUGCAUGCGCGUCAUGUCUGCCACCGUGACUUGAAGCCUGGCAACGUCCUUGUCGACCCCCAUACCGGCCGCGUGCAGCUGUGCGACUUUGGCAGCGCAAAGCAGAUAAUGCAACCAGCGGAGGAGAAAAACGUGUCGUAUAUUUGUUCCCGCUACUACCGCGCCCCUGAGCUACUCUUCGGUGCGCUGCACUACGGAUGCGCCGUAGACAUGUGGUCGUUUGGCUGCAUCGCUGCGGAACUCUUGCGGGAGUCGGGCAGGCCCCUUUUCCGCGGCUGCACUUCGAUUGAUCAGAUGGCAGAGCUCUUCAAGGUGUUGGGGGCGCCGUCGAAGCGGGAGAUGUACGCCAUGAACCCCCAGUGUGCAGAGGCACUGCUGCGCACCCACGCCAUGCACCGCAACCAGAGCUUCCGCCACCGCCCUCAUUCUGGCGCUCGCGGGUGCGGCAGCGGUGCCGAGCGGCGGAAUCGGUCCUGUGGGCUAGCGCUCGGGGUGGGCUACCAGGCUGAGGAGGAGGAGGACGAUGAGUUGCAUAGCGGUUUGCAGCAGGCUGAGUACGACGCUGAGAAUCACGGCGACUUUCUCCGCGACGCGCUGGAUGAUGGCAUCUUGUCUCAGGCCUCGGUGUCGCCUGGUAUGGCAACUGGAUCGCAGGUGUCAUCC